AUGGACGAUAUAUUUCUGAAAAACAAAUGGAUGAAUCAAAAAAAUGACUGGCUUUGGAAUCGUAUAUUUGGUAGUAAUACGCAUGAUAUUACCAAACACGAGCGUAACUUAGAGAUACUUGCCAUGUUUGUCGAGUUUGUGAAUAUUAUGUUGGAAAAUCUAAAUGGUUUAACCAUCAAAUUGCGAAAGUUCAAAGAUGAUGUAGACAAUCUGAAGCAAAUAGAAUUUCUUUUAGAAGAAGAAAAAGCAUCAUACAUAUCUCCAAAACGACAUGUACAGUUACUUAAUGAAGCUCUCGGUAAAUUACGUACUGCAAGUGAUACUUUUCAGGCGAAAAUACAUAGAGAAAACCCUUCUGAUGAUACUUUAUAG